AAAGUCCUCCGUGAUAGCCCUUCGCCCAAUGAUUGACCCGUUCAUCAUGUCCCCUUCCCCUUUCAUCCUCUUUUAUCCCUCCUCCUCCUCGUCGUCCUCUUCGAGGAUGGCUCCGCCGGAUGGAAGACCGUCCGCCGGGGGGUUAUAAAAAGCCUUAUCUUUCCUUUGAUCUUCCUGUCUGCUCCUUCUUUCUUUCUGUCCCAAGUCCUAUCCUCCUCUUGACUUUGAUAGACGUCGCCGGGUCUUUCCUCGUGACAUUUUUUUAUACCGUCUUGCUUGAAGACCAUUACUCCUUGUGACCACUCCCUUCCGGACUCACCUACUUGGAACAAGUGUGUCUCUAUCUUACCACAAUGGCUACCCACCACUACCAGUCUCCCGCUCUUCCCAUGAGCGUGCCCUCCAAAGCUCCGGGUCCUGCGAGUCUCUAUCCCAUCAGUCGAGUGUCUGGAUCCCCUCCGGAUCUGUCGGAUACCAGCACUACCGUUGGAAGCCGUACCUCCGGCGGAUUCAGUUACAGUUCCGGAAGCGGCGACUAUGAGUCCAGCUCUGCCUCCUACUCUGGUGUCGAUGUUGUUGACAUUCUAAAUGACCGCAUGCAAAACGCAUUCGACCCGACGCCUUUGGACAAAGCGUUAGCAAUGCAGGCGCAAACCUCUGGUCAGCUGAAUGCAAAGCAGCGAGAACUUCUUGAGCUACAAGCUCUCGCCCAGAGACGCUUGAAGGGCGUCCGGGCGAAUUUCGCGGACGGCAUCAAGGUUGCUCGCGAGACCAAACGCGAUCUAGAAUGGACGCAGAAACGUGUCAAUGCCCUAAAAGCUAAGGCCGAGAGCAUUUACCCCGACGAGUACCGGCGAGCGUCCAAGAAGUACGCCUUUGACGACAACUAAAACACCGCAGGAAGCUGGUCUCCUCGGCGUAUUUCUCUUUCAAUUUCCUUCCUCCCUGAACAUUCCGGAAGGCCAUUUCGUAUUAAUAUUGUAACGAUCAUGAUGACGAACCUCAGUUUCUGUUUUAAGUAAAAACAGGUUUUAGGGAUUUGAGUUCUUGGGUAUUUCAAGUAUUUUGCUUUUUCCGUCUCUUGCUUCUCCUUUCUGGGCUGGUCUUGUUGUUUCUUCCCUUUUUUUUUUUUCGCCGUGUGAUGUGUAAAAAUCAAACUUUGUGGCUCUCAGAUAGUGCUUUUAAUUGAUGGAAUAUACCUGGUUACUCCACACAAUUCCCAUUCUGGGUUAUUGACAGGUAACAUGUACCUAGGAGAAUGGAUAUAAUCGACCACCCUUAGCUGGGUGGCGAGCAAUC